CAACCUGGAUGGCUCUGGCUGCCUUGACUGCUAGAUCAGAUCCUCGUUCAAGCCAGGAUAUCUCAUCGGGAUUCUGCGUGCGUGGCAGUUGACGUGGUGGGCUCCUUGUUAAGCCUCUGGAAGCAGUGUCAGUAUCUAUCUCUCGCCGCCGCAGACCAGAUCCUCAACGGUUGAGUCUCAAUCAAAGAUGGCAUCGGCCUUCUCUGCUCGUCAGCUCCCUGCUAGGCUUGCCAUAAGGCAGCCCAGAGUGUGCAGUGUCAAUAUCUCCAAACGCACCCUCCAAUCCACCGCUAUAUCCCAGGGCCAAAACACAGCCUACCCGCUCUACCCCUCGGUGAUCCAGCUCCUGCACGAGAAGGGCAUCCCGGAAUCCGAGAUCUCCAAGAUCCCUGCUUCAGGCCCCAAGGGCCGUCUCCUCAAGGGCGAUGUCCUUGCCUACCUCGGUGCAAUCGCAUCCGACUACCCAUCCAUCCAAGCAUCGCGUCUCCAGAAACUGGCCCAUCUCGAUCUGAGUAACAUUAAGCUCGCCCCGCCUCCUCCUCCCGCCCAACCCGCCGCACCAGUUGUCGAGAAAGAGGUCCCUGCACCGCCCCUCACAGCAUCUGUCGCGGUCUCCGUCUCCCUGGGUGCGGUCCUGUCGGUUCAGCAGAAGAUCAAGGAAACACUGGGCACCACUGUACCUCUAUCGACUUUCCUCGUUCGUGCAACCGAUCUGGCCAAUGAUGCCCUUCCGCGUUCAUCGACCGAGAAACCAACCGUCGAUGAGCUAUUUGAUGAGAUCCUGGGCGCAGAACCAAUUAAUUUCUCCAGGGGCGAUUAUUUCCCUGAAUUGAACAAGCUCGAUCCCUCGGAGGUAACCCCGGCAAAGAAGAAGCCCGUCGCCGAAGAUAUCAUUGACAUCCUCGCUGGCAAGACGGUUAAGAAGACCGCUCGUAAGCUACCAGCGGCUCAAUCGCCUUCUAACGGGUCUGCUUUGAAUGUGUUCAGCCUCACUGUUCCUGUGGGCGAGGAGAAGAGGGCAAGAACUUUCUUGGAGCGAGUUAAGGACUUGUUGCAAGUUGAUCCUGGGAGACUGGUUCUGUAAUUUACCUUAUUCGUUUUUAUGUCUCCUGUUUCACGCCUUUGCUCUUUUCAGCUCGCAUAGCUAGGGUGUAGAAUUAAUUAGUUGGAAGUAACGUAUAUCUUGAUAUUCCCUACUCAUAGUCUGUAUAUAUAUAUUAUAUUUAGUCGUCCUUUGUUACCCUGCAGCAUGGCUAUACAUACCCUUUCUAGGUCUCCUCAAUGGCAGCGAAUGCCCUUCCUGUG